AAAAGAAUACGAAGAAGAAGAAUCCCGCAUGUGUAGUGUUGUUUAGAAGCAACAUGGCGGCUCCUCUUGAGGUGAUAGUGAGCAGUGACUCCGGUUCUCAGCUCUGGAACUGCACCGUGUUCGACCUGCACAGCGGCUCCAGCCUGCUCUCUUACCGGGGAGGGAACAGCUCCGCCCGGACUCUCACCGUGCUCAGCGGGGGGCAGCUGCUGUCCGCGCAGCUGGGGAAGAACUUCAUCAACGUGUGGGAGAUCCAGAGAAAGGAUCAGCUCCAGCAAAAGAUCGUGUGUCCAGGUGUGGUCACCUGUCUGACCGCUUCACCCAAUGGUGUGUUCCUUGCUGCCGCCAUCACUGAGGCUGUUUACCUGUGGGAGGUGUCUACAGGUAAACUGCUGUCGGUCCUCAGUCGUCAUUAUCAGGAUGUCACCUGCCUCAAGUUUACAGAUGACAGCAGCCAUUUUGUUUCUGGAGGAAAAGACAACCUGGCCCUGGUGUGGA